UUAUCUUAUAGCUGGAAUACUACAAGCAAGGAAAAACAGAAGAGUUUGUAAAGUUGUUGGAAGCAGCACGUAUAGAUGGCAAUUUGGACUAUAGAGACCAUGAAAAAGACCAGAUGACUUGCUUGGAUACACUGGCGGCUUAUUAUGUACAACAGGCCCGGAAAGAAAAGAAUAAGGACAAUAAGAAGGAUCUCAUUACACAGGCAACCUUGUUGUAUACAAUGGCUGACAAAAUUAUUAUGUAUGAUCAGAACCAUUUGUUGGGGAGAGCCUGCUUCUGCCUACUUGAAGGUGACAAAAUGGAUCAGGCUGAUGCACAGUUUCAUUUUGUACUCAACCAGUCUCCAAAUAAUAUUCCAGCCCUUCUCGGUAAAGCUUGCAUUUCAUUCAACAAAAAGGAUUACAGAGGAGCUCUUGCUUACUAUAAGAAGGCAUUGCGUACUAACCCAGGAUGUCCAGCGGAAGUUCGUUUAGGAAUGGGCCAUUGCUUUGUGAAACUUAACAAACUAGAAAAAGCCCGUCUGGCAUUCAGCAGAGCCCUGGAACUCAAUUCCAAAUGUGUGGGAGCAUUGGUUGGACUGGCUGUUCUAGAACUCAACAAUAAAGAGGUAUGUGAUUGUAAAAAUUGUCCUGUUCCUGACUGAUUACUCAGGCCCACAGUUCAUUAUCUAAAACU